UUUGAUUGGUUUAAAAUACGCAUUUUGAAAACGACAAAAAAGAGAUAAAAAACUUUUGCUGCUUUUGUGCAGUAAAGUGAACUUAGGUCGAGUACGUAGGCAAAUCGUGAUAUUUCCCGGGCAGUUGUAAACCGUUUUCUACAUAUUGCAUGUUUAAAACACGUAGGAUUGGGUUGUAAGAAAGCUAAGUGAUCCAUCAUGCAUCACAUUUUCAAUGUAGAAGACAAUAUUACUUUUAACGCGUUAGUUUGGUCAGAGUUAAAGAAACAUGGAAUCAAAGAGACUGGUAGAUGGAGGAAACCAACAAGAAACAAUGAUCCACAGAAGAAAACUCUGUUUUGUCAGCCAUUGGAAUUGCUUGAGUGUGAACAAGUUCUUAUCAUGGUUGAAUCUGAAUUAGGAAAUAGCUCAGAUGGAUCUAAACCAGUGUGUGCUAAAGGAGAUAUUUUAGUUCAAGUUCCCACAUUUGUUGUGCAAUCUUGCCAAGCAAUUUUGAAGGGUGUCCAUACCGAAGGCUUGUUUAGGAAAGCUGGAUCUGCUUGCAGACAGCGUGAAAUUAAGCGUCAGUUGGAGAGAAAAGAAGAGUUCAAAUCCAGUCAUGAUGUAAUAGAUUUGGCCAACAUUUUGAAGCAGUUCCUAAGAGAGCUUCCAGAUCCAUUGAUUCCUUAUCAACUGCAUGAUGUUUUACUCAAAUGUGUUCAGAUGGAAAGCUUAGAAAAAGCUUCACAAAUGCUUCACUUGACAUGCUUGCUUAUUCCACAGCAAGCUUUGGCUACACUAUGCUACUUAUUGCAGUUUUUUGAAGCUGUAGCUUCUAAUUCAUCAAAGAAUCUUAUGGAUGCUAGCAAUAUUUCUAUAGUGAUGGCACCAACACUGAUGCCAGUUAAUAUUACUGCUUCAUCCCGAAACGAUCGGCAAAAUUGCAGUAAACUUCAGAACUCAGCUAAAGUCAUUCAGAUGCUGAUUGAAAAUAGUAACAAACUCUGUGGAAUUCCACAUGCAAUAGCCACCCGGCUAGUAUCUAUUUCUACCACUUCACUGAUUGAUCAAGAUAGAGGACGACGUAAUAGCCGUAGCAAAAGCCGCCAUCGUCGUAGCAGUUCAUUUAACCGAGUUUUCGAAGGUUUGCGUAAGAUUGUCGGAGUUAAAAGCGAUUUCUCUGCAUCCGUCGAACAUCUUUCCGAUUGCCGGUCAGAGUCAGCUGCCGAUUUAGCUAUUCCUUCCAGUCCUGUGAUUCGCUCUACUUUUAAGCGGAAAGUGGAUCUCGAAAUCAAUACAGGAUUUUCCAUUAAGAAGAAAAAAGCUGCAUUGGAAGGUCUUUCACAAGGAAAAGUGCUGUGCACUACUCCUCUAACUCCUCAAGGGAAUCACCGUUACAUAAUUCAGACGGAUAAUCAUCAUUCAUACUUCGCUUCACCUCGAAUCGACUUGAACCCUAGUCCAUCCGGCCCAACUUUAAAUUUGGAAAAUAAUAGAUCAUCGGUUGGAGUUUUACGAUUUUUUCACCGCAAGAAAAUACCUGGAAGAAAUGAAGAACCCAAUCCACCGAAUCCUAUUAUAAAAACCCCUAAACUCACAAAGCGUCGAUUGAGUUUGGGAAAGAAGAAUUCAAAGAAACAACUUGUGGUAGAAAAGAAGUGCGAUAUUGAUGAAAAGCCAUUACCCAUCCCACCAUCAUGUGAUUCUGUGGAGGCUGCCGUGCAAGAUUUAGAAAAAACACUUACUCCUUCACCAAUCAGACACAUUGAAGAUGACGAUUACGAGGCAAUGCAUCAACACUAUGAAGAGUUGAAAAUUCACGUCACGUCAUUAGAGAAAGAGGUAGUAGAAAAGAAUCUGGAAUCGCAGUGCCCAGAUCCUGGAGCAGACGGGAAAAGAGGCCUACAUGUUUUAGAAGUACAAGAUCAGUACGAGAAGACGUUAGAGGAAUCUGAGAAGUUGUUGCUUGAACGUUCGGCAUCGGAUCAACUGGCUCGACAGCUUAGUCGGGGCCUGCGCUUAAGAAAAAGUGCAGAACAAAGAGUUAUUCGUUCGCCCAGUGCUCGUAAAAUCGGUGCAAUCCGACGCCGGUCCAGAGAAUCUCCUCGGGCGAAUUUAACAGAUUCAAACGCAUCUAGUUCCUCUCGACGUCUUACGCGGAGCCAGUCGAUGUUGGCUAUUCGACGAAAUCCCAGUAUUCUUGUACAGCAGAUGAUAACACCUAAGCGCUUGAUAGAGCCAAUCCAUCCAAGCACUCAGGAAGCCAAAAUAUCCCUCCGACGUGGCAAACCCAACACGAUUCGAACAGGCCUUAGAGAUCCUACACCCAUGAGAGCCCAGUCGAUAAGCCAAAACAAAAACAAAAAAAUGGCUGAUGUUCCAUUGGAAAAUGAAACCCCUCGUAUCAGCAGGUUACGUACAGUGCCUCGUCCUGACACAUUAGCGAUAGAAGGUCCGAUGAAUGUCUCGAAGCAUGCCGUUAGCCGCAACAGCUCGGUUUUGAAAUUAGCACAUAAUUUCACAAUAGUUACACAAACUGAGACUACACCAUCAAGCCUUCCCAUGGUUUCCCCGAUUUCUCUUGCCGAUACGGCUCUCUUGACUACACCAGAAGGCUGUCAAUGGUCGAGCGGGGAUAUUCUUAACCGCCAUUUGGACCAUUUAAAAAUACCUUUGACUGGUCGACCUUCAGUUCAGAAAAUCCGCUCUGAAAAUAUUGGCAAAGUGUCGGCCCAUGUUAGAAAAUUUGAUCGUUUGGCAUCUCCCACUCUUCCUGACGCACGCUGCGUUGCUGCAAAUGCACUCAGUAUCGCUAGCAAUUCAACAGACGCGACGCCUUUGAUUUUACAUCGCGUCAGAUCUCCGAGGAAAUGUUCAAUUAUUCAACGACAGCUUUCGGAUCCUCAAGUUAUUAAAGAUCGUUCUACGCCCCCUAAAACUGCACAAAUCUCGCCGCUUCGAGAAAGUCAGCGAGCAAAUGCGCUACCACAGUCUUCCAAAGGCCAUGAACGUUUUGACGUCAAGAUUAAAGCCCCGCUGCUGACCCCAAACCAUGGAGCCCAAGGGACAACAACCCCUUUCGGACUGAAAAUACGAGGCGCAGAGACGAAACACACUCGCAUACAGAAAAAACCUUCUCCGCUUCGGGCUACUGCUCCACUGCUGCGUCGAUCUCCGCGUUUUACUCCUUCAAACUGAUUUUUUUUUGCAGACUCGACGUUCAAAUGUCAUGGACGCAACAGAUCUUUUAAUUAAUUAUUUAAAUAAUAACGCGACUUCAGUGGUCAUACACGAUCUCCAUAACGAUUUUUCCCCCUUUUGACUGGUUAUCAAUUGGAACUAGACUCGCUUUUAGAUCAGUUUGAAACGCAUGAAUGGUAUGCUCUCUUCGCUGCGUCUUCCUCUCCCCACUGCCACAAAAUUUCUAAAGCUCCGCUUAUCUCAUUACGUAUGUUUCCGUAUUUGAUUCUCCCCAAGUUUUUUUGUUCUCGUCCAUUUUUAAAGCUCAACACUAUUUCUAUAACACAAUAAAAGUUCAGAAUUCAUGAUAAA